UUUUAGUCACUACCAGUCAUCACACCAUAAAUCCCUCAUUUUCUUAGUGUUUUGGAAUUCCAAUUUUUAAAAUUUUUCCUUAUAAAUAUUUAUUGUAUAAUUAGUUUUGUUUGUCAAUCUUUGUGAAAAUAUAUCAAUAGUAAAAUGACCGAAGAAGAAACUUUGUUUGACCCUUCUAUCAAAAAGAAAAAAAAGAAGAAGAAGUUUGAUCUUGAUAGUGCUCUUGCAGCUGAAGGCAAUGCUGAUGGUAACAACGAACAAACUUUAGAUAAAGAAAAUCAAGACCCUAUACCUGAUCCUGAUGAAUUUGAUGAUGGGAAUCUGGAUCUUGAUAAUUUUGGGAAGAAGAAAAAAAAGAAAAAAAAGGUCACAAUAAAUUUAGAUGAUUUAGAGAACGCUCUACCCGAUACUUCAUCGGCAAUGGAAAAUGGCGAUGGCCAAGGUGAUGCUAUGGAUGAUGACUUUGAUUUAGAUAUGGACUUUUCAAAAACGAAAAAAAAGAAAAAGAAGAAGAAAGAUAUAGACGAGUUAGUUGCAGAAGAAAUGGAUAAGAAGGGUGACAAGUCUGAUGAUAAUACUGAUGGUGAAAGUCACACAUGGUUUGGUUCUGAUCGAGAUUACACUUAUGACGAACUAUUAACUAGAGUAUUUGAGAUUAUGCGCGAAAAAAAUCCAGACAUGGUUGCUGGUAAAAAACAAAAAUUUGUCAUGCGUCCCCCUCAAGUUGUUCGGAUAGGUACCAAAAAAACAUCAUUUGCAAAUUUUACAGAAAUAUGCAAAACGUUACAUCGUCAGCCAAAACAUUUAUUAGAUUUUUUGUUAGCCGAAUUGGGUACCAGUGGUUCGGUUGAUGGUAAUAGUCAGUUGAUAAUUAAAGGCCGUUUUCAGCAAAAACAAAUCGAAAAUGUGUUAAGGAGAUAUAUUAAAGAAUAUGUUACCUGCCAUACCUGUCGUUCGCCUGAUACAAUAUUACAGAAAGACACGCGUCUAUUUUUCUUACAAUGUGAAACUUGCGGUUCACGAUGCUCUGUUGCCAGCAUUAAAUCUGGUUUCCAGGCUGUGACUGGAAAGCGUGCAGCUAUCAGAGCGAAGACAGCAUAAGUACUAAAAAAUGUGUUCUCAUAUGUUUUAUAUUAGUUCAGAAAAAUAAAUAUCACAUUUUUACAGCUCUUAAAAAUAUUUUCUUUUUCUUCUUUCUAUUAAAUAUAUAAUAUAAAAAAUACAUAACCAAAAUUCAUUGAUAAUUAUUAUUAUAUUUUAAUUUGAUAUUUAAUAAAUAAAUUAUUGAACUGUUUAAA